AUGAGAUUACUUGCCACAGGACGAGCCCUGCGUGCCAGCAGUGGCAGAUGGUCCAUUGCUGUAUCCCGUCCCAGACUCCCAAUCCCUCGAGUCUAUUCCCUCCAGACCAUCCCAACCGUCUCAAGAAAUUGGAGCUCAACACCAGCUCUCCGCGCAUCAGACAACGCCAACACCCAAUCAUCGACCCAAGCCAAACAGUCACCGCAAACUAAAUCGAAUCUCAAGAUCGAAGACGAAACCUAUCCUCCAAACCAAUGGACCAAUACGACCGAUCAGAUUCUCUCCCAUGUCGGCCGACGCCUUUACCUCGACGAAAACCACCCUCUAGCAAUCACUCGCAAGCUCAUUGAAAGCCAGUUCCCCGCCCCGGUAUUCGGAAACCAUUUCGAGAAGAAUCCCGUCGUCACUACUCAUCAGAAUUUCGAUGUUCUUGGGUUCCCGCAAGAUCACCCGGGUCGCAGUCGCACGGAUACUUAUUAUGUCAAUGACAAGACGGUGCUGCGUACCCAUACAAGCGCGCAUCAGCAGGCGUAUUUCCAGCGGUUAAACCGGAAUGAGACGACUUGUCCUGAGGAGGUUGGAUACACUGUUAUCGCUGAUGUUUACCGUCGCGAUGCUAUUGAUCGCAGUCACUACCCGGUUUUCCAUCAGAUGGAGGGCGCGAUGCUCUGGAAAAGACCGGAUACUAAUCCCCUUGCAGCAUCUGCUGAGACUGCUGCGAAGAUCAGGGCGGAUCUUGAACUGAUCCCGGCUCACGAUGUGGUUGUUGAGGAUCCCAACCCUACUAUCCACGCUCAGCGGAACCCGCUGCAGGCUGAGCAUCAUAGUGAAGAGGAGGUUGAGGCCAUCGCGGCACACCUUAAACGGUCACUAGAACGAAUGGUUAUUAAGAUAUUCACGGAAGCGAACAAGGCUGCUGCUGUCUCUGGCGGCGAGGAGCCUGAGCCAUUGAAGGUGCGCUGGGUUGAGGCAUACUUCCCCUUCACUAGUCCCUCGUGGGAGCUCGAAGUCUUCUGGCAGGGUGACUGGCUUGAGAUUCUUGGAUGUGGAGUCAUCAAGCAGGAUCUUUUGAUCAAUUCCGACGUGCCGAAUAGAGUUGGUUGGGCGUUUGGAUUGGGCAUUGAGCGUAUUGCUAUGCUUCUAUUCAAUAUUCCUGAUAUCCGGCUGUUUUGGUCUCGUGAUGAGCGAUUCCGUUCGCAGUUCCGCGCUGGCACAAUUACUCGCUUUGAGCCUUUCUCUAAGCAUCCUUCUUGUUAUAAGGAUGUGGCUUUCUGGCUGCCUCCUGCUGCUGUGACGGGGGGUAGCAGUGCUGCUGGUGGAGGUGUUCCUUUCCAUGAGAACGAUGUCAUGGAAUUGGUUCGUGGAAUUGGUGCUGAUCUUGUUGAGGAUGUUUCGUGCAUUGAUGAGUUCACGCAUCCCAAGACUGCUCGUAAGAGUAUGUGCUAUCGUAUUAACUACCGUAGCUUGGAGCGAACCUUGACGAAUGAGGAGACCAAUGAGAUGCAUGAGAAGGUUCGGACUAAGCUUGUUGAGGAUUUGGGUGUCGAGUUGAGGUGA